UGCGCGGCGCGGGGGAGCGCGAGCACCGCGUGCGACGUCAGCGCCGCGCGCCGGGGGGAGCGGGCACCGAGCGGCGGGGCCCGAGCGGCACCGGCACCGCCCGGGACUCACCCGGGCCCGCCCGGGACACACCCGGCCCCAGCGCCCCGCGCCGCCCGCCCCGCGCCGCGCCGCCGCGGCAGGACCCGCAGCCGGAGCCGGAGGAGGAGGGAGAAGAUGGCGGACGAUCCCAGCGCUGCCGACCGCAACGUGGAGAUCUGGAAGAUCAAGAAGCUCAUCAAGAGCCUGGAGGCGGCCCGUGGCAAUGGUACCAGCAUGAUCUCGUUGAUCAUUCCCCCCAAAGACCAGAUCUCGCGAGUGGCAAAAAUGUUAGCGGAUGAGUUUGGCACUGCCUCCAACAUAAAGUCCAGAGUGAAUCGCCUUUCAGUACUGGGAGCCAUUACAUCUGUACAGCAAAGACUGAAACUCUAUAACAAAGUACCUCCAAAUGGUCUGGUUGUUUACUGUGGAACAAUUGUGACAGAAGAAGGAAAAGAGAAGAAAGUCAACAUUGACUUUGAACCUUUCAAACCAAUCAAUACAUCAUUGUAUUUGUGUGACAACAAAUUCCACACGGAGGCCCUCACGGCGCUGCUCUCUGAUGACAGCAAGUUUGGCUUUAUUGUAAUAGAUGGGAGCGGGGCACUCUUCGGGACUCUCCAAGGAAACACACGGGAAGUGCUGCACAAAUUCACUGUGGAUCUUCCAAAGAAGCACGGCAGAGGAGGUCAGUCUGCCCUGCGCUUUGCCCGCCUGCGCAUGGAGAAGAGGCACAACUACGUGCGCAAGGUGGCCGAGACGGCCGUGCAGCUCUUCAUCUCCGGGGACAAGGUCAACGUGGCCGGGCUCGUCCUCGCCGGCUCGGCCGACUUCAAAACUGAGCUGAGUCAAUCUGACAUGUUUGAUCAGCGGUUGCAAUCCAAAGUGCUCAAACUAGUUGAUAUUUCAUAUGGAGGAGAAAAUGGCUUCAAUCAAGCAAUUGAGUUGUCAACUGAGGUCCUCUCCAAUGUGAAAUUCAUCCAAGAGAAAAAGCUAAUAGGACGAUACUUCGAUGAAAUCAGCCAGGACACGGGGAAGUACUGCUUUGGUGUGGAAGAUACACUAAAAGCUUUGGAAAUGGGAGCAGUAGAGAUCCUGAUAGUCUAUGAAAACCUGGAUAUCAUGAGAUACGUCCUGCACUGCCAAGGCACAGAGGAGGAGAAGAUCCUGUAUUUGACACCAGAGCAAGAGAAGGAUAAAUCCCACUUCACAGACAAGGAGACUGGACAGGAACAUGAACUCAUAGAAAGUAUGCCCCUCCUGGAGUGGUUUGCAAACAACUACAAGAAAUUUGGAGCAACAUUGGAAAUUGUUACAGACAAAUCACAAGAAGGAUCCCAAUUUGUGAAAGGAUUUGGAGGAAUUGGAGGUAUCUUGCGGUACCGGGUGGAUUUCCAGGGCAUGGAAUACCAAGGAGGAGACGAUGAAUUUUUUGACCUUGAUGACUACUAGGUAGUCGAGCUGGGUCCGGCAACACGUGCCUCGCCCCUCCAGCAUCCAACCCAAGGAGCAAACUCAUGGUGGAAAACACAACUGAUCCCUGCCUUAGAAAUGGAACAUUUCCAGAACUUGAUCCACGAGCAUUUGGAUUUGAGAAAGCAAAACCCUACACUUUGAUUUGUCAUAGUGUCAGUACAGCAGCAAACUACUAAGUUCCUAUAUGCCACUUUGGACUAAUUUAAAAAGAAUCCCAGUUUUUACUUUUACUCAAUGGUGAAAUUGGUUGCUCUUGUAUUUUAUGGAAAUGAUUUUUUUAACCUUCAUGAUACAUUAACUGCUGUAAACCUUUUCCUUCCAAAAUUAAUAGAAGUAAGAUCCUACUGGUUUGUUUCUUUAUACUUUGAUUGGAGAAAUCAAUUGCUGCAUUUGGCAGCGCCGUGACCCAUUUACAUGGCAUUCUCAGCUUAGCCUGCAGAAGAAAUGGAACGAGGUUGGAGCCAUAAUUCUCUUCAAAAGCUUGAGGAGGCACUGACCUGAGUGCUGGUUCAUUACAUGUGGCUUGCAAAUUCUGAUGGUUUGGGGAGGCUCACCAGCCGAACGUGCUUUAAUCUAUUUGCAGAAACACUGCUCUUACAAACUAGGAAAUGCACUUCAUGGAUUGCAAUGAAAAUGCUGCUGGAGUCUUGGGCUUAAUUUGGAUUUGAGCAGUGCAGCCUUCAGGAAUUUAUUUUUUUUCAGUCUUGACAAAAAAUAAACAUGAGAUUUCAGUGAAGUAAGGUACACUUGGCUUUUUGUUCCUCAGUAAGUUUUCCUUUUUGCUUUAAGACUGCAUAAGGUUUCCUUGAUUAUGUGAAUUUGAGCCCACAGGUCUUAAAUGGAAGUGGGUGUUUGACAGGAAUAUUGAGUCAGUGGUGUGAAGGCUGAAUUAGUGUUGGGAGUGUGGAAUAUUUGAUUCUGACCGUGGUGCACUGCUGGGAGCUGUGUGUUCCCAGGGCUGUCUGUCCUGUGGGGAUGUUCCCUUCAGGAGGUAAAGGAUCACCUCUGGAUGGUCCCAGACUGCCCUGGCUUUGUGUCCUGCCUAUUCCACGGAGCGUCCAGAGAUCAGGGAGCUCAUCUUUGGGGUGUGUCCAGCCUGCUGGUGACACUCUGGGGUCAGGGGCUGUGCACGCCAGGGCAGCAGUGACACAAGGGCAGGUCCUGUCCCAGGGCAGCAGUGACACAAGGGCAGGUCCUGUCCAGGGGAGCAGUGACACAAGGGCAGGUCCUGUCCCAGGGGAGCAGUGGCACAGCUCAGGUCCUGUCCCAGGGGAGCAGUGGCACAGCUCAGGUCCUGUCCCGGGGGAGCAGUGGCACAGCUCAGGUCCCGCUCUCUCCCUGGGGGCUCUCCCAGCGUUGCUCCCGGUGCUUCCCUCAGGAGCAGCUCCUGUUCCAGCUGCAAACCUUUGCCUCUUGUCCUGGUUCACUUGAACAGAGGGAGCUUCACUUCAAAUUUCUGCCACACUGUUCUUUGAGGUCCAAAAUUCCUGUCCUUGUGAGCAAUACCAUUUGUCCCCCUGGUCCCUAACCUGGAGGGCGGCUUUGCUGCCGUCCUUACAUCCAAGCUGGAAUCUCUCCCAGGAGCUGGGGCUGGAUCUGCUCAGGGCUGAGCAGAGCCCUGGCCCUCACAGCAGUAUGUUCUGGAUUUUGCCAUUGUAAAUGGGUCUAAUGUGACAUGACAAGACCACAAAAAUUGGUUGUAAAUUUACAUUUUUGAAUAUACUGCUUGUUGUUUCACAUGAUACAUUAGGGUAUGCAGCUCCUUUUUGUAGUUUUUAUUUUUACUAUUUAAGUUUGGAAAUGAUGCCAAAUUUUUGUAUUUCUUUAAUCAAUGUGUUCUCUUCAGUGAUAUAUAUUGCAUUAUAUAUUGAUGUGUAUAUCAAUAUAUACUGAUAUGUAUUACACUUACACAUGCAAACACACUCAGUGGGGGUGAGAGAUCCUAGCCUUCGCAUACUAUAUAGCCUCUGCAGAGAGAUCCCAAGCAGUGAUAUCUUGGUGUUGUGAUGUACAGAAAUGGAGAAGAGUAUUAAACCAUAUUUAAGAAUAUA